UCUUGUAUAUAAAUUCUAGGGUUUCGGAUCACUCUACACAAUUGGGGGGAUUUUUUGGGAGCUGGAGAUCAAUGGCAUCCGAUUCAUGGAGGUGCUGCAAAUCCGUGUCGAAUUGCCACAAUCCUGCGCAUCAAUCGCUCCACGAUAUGUACUCAGAGUUGGAAGAGAACGAUGGUGGGGAUUGGGAGACGUCUUAUGCUUGCCCUUUUUGUGAGGAGGAUUUUGAUUUUCUUGAGCUUUGCUGCCACAUCGUUGAUGAACACCCAGCCGAGGCUAAGAAUGGGGUCUUGAAUUCCAUAAUAAGAACCUACCUACAACUUCGGAGGAAAUUGCACAAAGGCUCUUCAGGGUACCAUUCUAUGCUUUCAUUGUUGAAGGAAGUAGGAGAAGGGUACUUGCAAGACCAUUUUGAUGGUUCUUCUUGUACCAUUGCAGCUACCACUACAUCGCCAGAUCCAUUGUUGUCAUCCUUCAUUUGUACUUUGCCUACUGCUGAUUCGUCAAGAGACUCACAACCUGACUCUUUAGAUGAAGAAAGCCUAACUAACGAGUGUUCAGAUGAGAAAGUGGUGGAAAGAAUGUUCAGUGCUGAGCCAUCUUUACCUGACAAGGAUCAGGAGGAGAGAGCUCAAAGGAGUGAAUUUGUCCAAGGGCUUCUGUUGUCUACAAUAUAUGAAUUAUGAGGGAUGGCUGUCCGAAGUCCCUCUAAAUCCCGCGUCAUCCUGAGGGAACCCCGAUCAAGUGCAGCGUAUUGCAGAAUUGUUGUUCAACUGAUUCACGAGCACCCGGCUGGCAUUUCCCUCAACGUAGUCCUUCAAAAUGUUUUGUAUACAAACCGAUAAGUGCUCCCAAAUCCUGUGUAUAGUGUUAUGAUAUCUUUCAUAAUCUUUGUAUUUGCUAGGUCCAAGAGCACAUUACACCUUAAAUCUGUUAAGGAUGUUCCUAUGCAAACCUUAAAAACAGCAUAAUUCUCAAGUGUUAUUUAUGCAGAUUUUCCAUAAACUUUA